AUGCAGCCGUCCGACAUUUCGGCAAAAGUGGCCGAGAAGAAGAAAGAGAAGAAACGGCCAAGUGUAUCAGUGUUCAAGCUUUUUUCCUUUGCUGAUUCCUACGACUGCGUUCUGAUGACUCUUGGAUCCAUUGGUGCGUGCAUUCACGGAGCCUCCGUUCCAGUUUUCUUUAUCUUCUUCGGGAAACUCAUCAACAUCAUCGGUCUUGCUUACCUCUUCCCCCAAGAAGCUUCUCACAAAGUCGCCAAGUACUCGUUGGAUUUUGUAUAUCUGAGUGUGGCAAUGCUCUUCUCAUCAUGGCUAGAGGUUGCAUGUUGGAUGCAUACGGGAGAGAGACAAGCGGCGAAAAUGAGAAAAGCAUAUCUUCGGUCUAUGUUAAGUCAAGACAUAAGCUUAUUCGACACCGAAUCUUCCACCGGAGAAGUCAUCUCCGCCAUCACCUCCGACAUACUUGUCGUCCAAGACGCUCUAUCCGAGAAGGUGGGAAAUUUCUUGCACUGCAUGAGCCGGUUUAUAGCUGGUUCUGCAAUCGGUUUCGCUAGCGUAUGGCAGAUAAGUCUUGUGACUCUCUCCAUAGUCCCACUCAUUGCGGUCGCCGGUGGCAUCUACGCUUAUGUGAGCACCGGACUCCUCGCUAGUGUCCGUAAAUCAUACGUCAAAGCCGGCGAGAUUGCGGAAGAGGUGAUCGGGAAUGUGAGGACCGUACAAGCAUUCACAGGAGAAGAAAAGGCGGUGAGAUCAUACGGAGAAGCUCUGAAGAAUACUUACACGUACGGGAGAAAAGCCGGUUUAGCCAAAGGACUAGGACUCGGUUCGAUGCACUGUGUUCUGUUUCUGUCAUGGGCUUUGCUUGUUUGGUUCACAAGCAUCAUUGUUCACAAGGGCAUUGCUAAUGGCGGCGAGUCUUUCACGACCAUGCUCAACGUCGUCAUCGCUGGCUUGUCUCUUGGCCAGGCAGCGCCAGACAUCUCCACAUUUGUACGAGCGAGAGCUGCAGCGUAUCCUAUCUUCCAGAUGAUCGAACGGAACAAGGAGGUGAAAACAGGUCGUAAGCUCGGGAAAGUAGACGGAGAGAUUCAGUUCAGGGACGUGACUUUCACAUACCCGUCUCGCCCUGACGUGGUGAUCUUUGACAAGCUGAACCUCGUGAUCCCUGCUGGGAAAGUCGUGGCCCUUGUCGGAGGAAGCGGGUCUGGAAAAAGCACGGUGAUAUCUCUGAUAGAGCGGUUCUACGAGCCUAGCGAUGGGGCAGUGUUUCUUGACGGGAACGAUAUUAGAUACCUUGAUCUCAAGUGGCUUAGAGGACAUAUUGGUCUGGUUAAUCAAGAGCCUGCCCUGUUUGCAACCACGAUUCGUGAGAACAUUAUGUAUGGUAAAGAUGACGCGACGGAUGAGGAAAUCACCCGUGCAGUGACGCUAUCGGAAGCUCUUUCAUUCAUCAACAAACUCCCAGAUGGAUUGGAAACACAAGUCAGUUGAAAAUUAGAUAACUUGGAAGACAAGAAACAAACCCUAAACUUUACUUGUUAUCCGGUUUUACAGGUGGGAGAGAGAGGUGUUCAGCUAUCAGGUGGGCAGAAGCAGAGGAUCACGAUCUCGAGAGCCAUCUUGAAGAAUCCAUCAAUACUGUUACUCGACGAAGCAACAAGCGCACUAGACGCAGAGUCAGAGAAAAGCGUGCAAAAAGCUUUGGACAAAGUGAUGGUAGGGAGGACGACGGUUGUGGUGGCUCAUAGACUCUCCACCGUAAGAAACGCUGAUAUCAUAGCCGUUGUUCAUGGAGGAAACAUCAUUGAGUCUGGAAGCCACGACGAACUCAUCUCUAACCCAGAUGGAGCUUACUCUUCUCUCCUACGUAUCCAAGAAGCUGCAAACCCUAACUUAAACCACACUCCUAACUUACCACCAGUCAGUACAGAACCCCUGCUGAAACGAACAAUAACAAAGACGAAUCUGUCUUCCAUGGAUCAAUCAGGAAACCAACCAGACACAACUAGACAAGGCAAAGUAACAUUGGGACGUCUCUACUCUAUGAUACGUCCUGACUGGAAGUAUGGACUAUUCGGGUUGUUUGGUUCCUUAGUUGCCGGGUCUCAAAUGCCACUAUUCGCACUUGGGAUCUCCCAGGCUCUAGUUUCUUAUUACAUGGACUGGGAGACAACUCAAAAAGAAGUGAAGAGAAUCUCUAUCCUCUUCUGUUGUGCCUCGGUCAUUACCGUCAUCUCACACGCAAUUGAGCAUACCACCUUUGGUAUCAUGGGUGAGCGGCUCACUCUCCGCGUCCGUCAAAUGAUGUUUUCAGCGAUCCUGAGGAAUGAAAUUGGAUGGUUUGAUAAAGUGGAUAACACUAGCUCAAUGUUAGCGUCGCAGCUUGAAAGUGACAGCACUUUGCUUAGAACAAUUGUGGUCGAUAGAUCAACGAUUCUAUUGGAGAAUUUUGGUCUAGUUGUGACAUCAUUCAUCAUUUCUUUUAUACUUAACUGGCGUCUCACUCUUGUUGUCUUGGCAACAUAUCCAUUGAUCAUCAGCGGACAUAUUAGCGAGAAACUUUUCAUGCAAGGCUAUGGAGUAAACUUGAAUAAAGCGUAUGUAAAGGCCAACAUGUUGGCCGGAGAGGCUAUUAGCAACAUUCGAACCGUUGCUGCCUUUUGUGCCGAGGAUAAGGUUCUUGAACUUUAUUCCAACGAGCUUUUAGAACCGUCGGAACGUUCUUUUAGGCGUGGACAGACAGCUGGGAUACUGUACGGCGUCUCUCAGUUCUUCAUUUUCUCCUCCUACGGCCUUGCCCUCUGGUACGGAUCGGUUUUGAUGGGGCAAGGAUUAUCAAGUUUCGAAUCGGUGAUGAAAACAUUCAUGGUUUUGAUUGUUACUGCGUUAGUGAUGGGUGAAGUUUUGGCUCUAGCACCUGAUAUACUGAAGGGAAACCAGAUGGUUGCAUCGGUUUUCGAGCUAUUGGACCGAAGAAGUCAGGUCGUUGGAGAUAAAGGCGAGGAGCUGAGUGAUGUGGAAGGCACAAUUGAGCUCAAAGGUGUUCAUUUCAGUUAUCCUUCACGGCCUGAUGUGACUAUCUUCAGCGAUUUCGACCUGAUUGUUCCUUGUGGAAAAAGCAUGGCGCUGGUGGGACAGAGCGGGUCCGGGAAGAGUUCGGUUCUUUCUCUUAUUCUCCGGUUCUAUGAUCCUACAGCCGGAACAAUCAUGAUAGACGGACAAGACAUCAAGAAACUGAAACUGAGAUCGCUGAGAAGACACGUCGGUCUGGUUCAACAAGAACCGGCUCUUUUUGCAACAACUAUCUACGAGAACAUCUUGUACGGCAAAGAAGGAGCUCUUGAAUCUGAGGUCAUGGAAGCAGCUAAGCUUGCAAACGCUCACGAGUUCAUCAGCUCUCUCCCGGAAGGCUACACGACACAAGUCGGGGAACGUGGCAUUCAGAUGUCAGGCGGCCAGAGACAGAGGAUCGCUAUCGCUAGAGCCGUCCUCAAGAAUCCAGCAAUUCUGCUACUUGACGAAGCCACAAGCGCCUUGGACGUUGAAUCAGAGCGUGUGGUACAACAAGCAUUGGAUAGGCUAAUGAGUAACCGGACCACGGUGGUAGUGGCUCACCGGCUAUCGACGAUCAAGAACUCAGAUAUGAUAAGUGUGAUACAAGAAGGUAAGAUCAUAGAGCAAGGCAGCCACAACAGUCUCAUUGAGAAGGAGAAUGGUCCUUACUCUAAACUUAUCAAUCUUCAGCAGCAGCAAAUCUCCUGAAUAUUAUAACUGUAUUAAUUGUUAGAAUCUUGUUCAUUUCCUCUUUUCGAUCGUACUUUCAUUGAUGAUCUUUCAUGAUGGUAAGAUCAUAUUCUUCACAUUUUAUCUAUCUUUGUGGGUUUAUGUAUCUCCAAAUA